CAACACGCGUGGACUCUCGUGCCGGCCGGCGCCUGAGCCCCUUGUUUCCUCUCCCAGCCCCGCGGCUUCACUUGAACAAAACUAACAAGGCUCGCGAAACCACAGCGCCAAAGCUAAGCGGACAAAUGGCCCAGUUCAGUUGCUUCCACGAGCUCGGACACGAAGGCGUCAGCAAGCCAGCAGCGUCGUACGUGCGCGGUCGAUCGACUGGCCAGUGGCCCCAUACUCCUACUGGGUUGCUUGGGCAGGUGGUGGCGGGCACGGUGCAACAGGCGCUCCCACACUCCGAAGGCUGCAACAAUACCGCGCAUGUGCUGGUGCCUCCACAACCGGGCAGCGGCGGCAAGACCUGGCUGGCCCACCAACAUGCCUGUGCCAUCUCGCACGAGCACGUCAAGGAACCCGCCGCCGUGUUCUCACGUGGUGGCAUGGUGCGGGUGCUGGUGACAGCGGUGGGCAAGUCCGGCGGACCUUGUCACUACGCAUGAAGCAGCUGGAUUGGUAUGCUGCCGACGCCAGAGCGUGAAUGGCUUAUGGAACUACACACUUUGCUCCCAUGUUUGCAUGUAAGAUAACUAAGAUUGGUCAAUUUUGCAUUUUGCGUUUUGGCCUUUUAGGGUGAGGGCGUGGCUGAUGUGGCUGACGGGAGGGAUGCACUUGCGCCCUGGCUGGGGGGCACGUCUGGCGCGUCCAUGCGGGCGGCUUGCAGCCUUCAAGUGUAUGCACCCAGAGGUGUGUAGAGCGAUGUGGGUAUAUGGGACGGCGCAAGGCAUGGUUCAUUGGGACACUCUACCGGCGCGCCACUGCG